AUGAAGCUAAAGCAAAGUUCUCCCAUGGGCAGCAUCUUACCCUCUUUCACUCCAGUCCUCCUCCCUCUGCUGCACAGCCUGGCCACGGCUAUUGAGCAAUCAAAUUCAGCUGGCACCGGUCACACCUGUGCUCCCUAUCAGACUGUACUGGAGCUGGAGGCAGACCAGGCACAGAGGGUCCCAGGGGCCGAUCCAGGUGGAGUCCCCCCCACUCAGGUGAAACUCAAAGAGAGGCAGAAAUUCUUCGAGGAGGCGUUUCAGCAGGACAUGGAGCAGUAUCUGUCCACAGGAUACUUGCAGAUCACAGAGAGGAGAGAGCCAAUAGGAAGCAUGUCGUCCAUGGAGGUGAACGUGGACAUGCUGGAGCAGAUGGACCUGAUGGACAUGUCGGACCACGAGGCUCUGGAUGUGUUUCUGCACUCGGGGGGAGAAGACAACAGCGCCGCUUCACCUGUGGCAGGGCCUGACAUGGAGUCCUUCACCACAGAGAUCAGCCUGCAGGUGCCCACACAAGCCGAGCUGCGUCACAAGCUCUGCUCCCUCUCCUCCACCUGCACCGACUCAGCCAGCCAGGACACGGAGGCAGGCGAGGAUGACGAGGACGACGAGGAGGAGCCGGAGGGCAGGACACCUCCAGUGGUGGUGACUCUGGACGAUGAGGAGGUGCACCUCGAUACGGCGCUGAUGGACCGGGAUGACCACCACGACCACAGCAGCUGUAAUAAAAACUGUACUGGCAGCAGGCCCAAAGUUUGA